AUGGCCGCACGAAUAGCUGCGCGGCUGCUAAGAGGUUCCGCCAGCCGCGCUUCCUCGUCCAAGCAUCUUCCGAUCCCCUCAUCUUCUUCCUCUUCCCGCGUGUCUCUCAUUCAAACUUCCCCAUCAUCUCCGCGCUCCUGUGCAUUUUCCCACACCGUCAACCAGCAGUCGCCAAAUCCCCAUACCUCGCCUGCAGCCUCGCCUUCUCAUUGGGUACACCCGUCGCCUUUCGUCGCCAGCACGCGACAGAUCGUGCGAUCGUUUGCGAUUCGUAGUGCGACGUCGUCAGGAACCACGCGAAUCAGCGACAACUUGAUCUGCUUCACAAGCACGUCGCAACGACGAUGGGUUUCGUCGGCUUCAGGCAAAGGACCUGACGUCGCAACAAAAGCAUCAGAAGCGGAUACAGAAGGGGGGGAGGUGAUCGGCGAGGGGGAGCAAGCGGGGGAGGAAGCGGGGGAGGCGGAGUGGGGGACGUACCGCGACAGGCGCGUGGCGGUGCGGAGCUUCAGCGGGGAGGCGCGCGGAGAGGCGGUGCUGGAUGGGACUAUAUUCGACGUGCCUGUACGGCGAGACAUUGUGCACCGCGUGGUGUGCUGGCAGCUCGCGAAGCGCCGCCAGGGUACGCACAGCACGAAGCGGGCGUGCGAGGUGCGAGGGUCGUCUAAAAAGCCGUGGAAGCAGAAGGGCACGGGGCGGGCGAGACACGGGUCACGCCGAGGGCCGCAGUUCCGCGGUGGUGCCACCAUGCACGGCCCCAAGCCACGCUCACACGCCUUCUCGCUCAACAAGAAGGUCCGCGCGCUGGGGCUCAAGGCAGCGCUGUCGGCACGGCUGAGGGAGGGGCAGCUGGUCCUAUACUCUGAUUUGAAUCCGGGCAGCCCGAAAACAAAAGACAUGGCGCAGCACGUUGCCACGGCGUUCCCUGAUUCCAAGAAGAUCCUUUUUGUCGACGGGUCGCAACGGGCAGAUGAAACUUUGCUCCGGGCAUCUGGGAACUUGCAUUACGUGAACGUGCUGCCAGUUGUGGGUCUGAACGUGUACAGCAUAGUGCAGCACGAUGCCCUCGUGCUAUCGCUGCCAGCGCUGCAAGCCUUGGAGCACCGCCUUCUCUCUGCCAAGCGCCAGGUUCGGCCAGGCCUGGAGGAGAGGCUCGACACUGCUGCAGCUGCAACGGCCUGA